AUGAUGCUUUCAAAUUUCAAGACACUGUGCUGUGAUUGUGCAGCGUGCUCAGCACAGCUCAAAACUUCCGAGUUCAACUUCAACUUCAUUGUCAAGACGAGCCUGCUCAUGAACGAACGAUUCGCGCAUGCCAAGCGAUGCAUGAUGGCAAAUAAUGCAUCCAUGGCGGACGUUGGACAGCUUGCAUGCAGCAGCACAUACCAGCAAGGCCCCGCAGUCCCUUGCAUAGAAUCGUCUCAACCAGGACGAUAGACAGGUAGUGGGACAGCCAGAGCGAAAGGGCAUCCAGUCAUCAAAGUUGAUCGCAGAAGGGGGCAUUGGUUGACUGAAUGCAGCUUGCUUCGUCGACAGAAGACGACCUUGCAGAUUGGCCUGGGGAAUGUCAGGGCGUUGACCUUUGCGUUUUGUGUAGCUUUCAAUCAGCACCACCACUCAGAACUUAGGAGCUCCCUACUGGAUUGAUUCAAUGCAAGCACAGUAGUCGCAAGGGAACCCUCAUCAAACCUUACUCCCUUGCGGGCCGCCUGCCACUGACAUCAGCAAGUGGUGGCGCUGUCGCAACCAUGAGCGGGCCAGGGGAAGGAAAGGUGCUGCCGGAACUCGGGCUGGCGUUCAAGGGUGUCGCUGACCUCAUCAAGCAGAAUGCUGAGGUGCCGACUGCCGCGUUUGCGGCAGCGUGCGAUAAGAUCAACCCAAUCUUUGGCCACCUUGGGAUGGCGUUCAAGUUCGCAAGGGAUGACUUUGUCACAAAGGUAGAGGACCUGAAGGAGUGCGCGAAGGACCUGCCCACUCUGGAAGACAUCCUGGACGCGGACAUCAAGGCCGGCACCGUGCGCGAGCCUGGGAGCCACACGCGCAACCUGCUGCGCGUCACGCGCGGGAUCAACAUGAUCCGGCUGCUUUUUGAGCACCUACUCUCGAGCGAUGGCGUCAGCCUGAAGGAGGCCGCGUCGAAGGCGUCUUUUGAACGAGACUUUUCAUCACCCCAGAAUUAUGGCGUCAGCCUGAAGGAGGCCGCGUCGAAGGCGUACGAGCAGGCGCUGGCGCCGCACCACUCUUGGGCGAUCCGGCAGGCGGUGCGCGCGAGCCUGUACACGCUGCCCAGCAGAGAAAAGUUCCUAGCGCGGGUCGGGGAGGACGAAUUUUCCUGGCGGCCCUACGCUCAAGAGUUUGUCAACGAUUCGGACCCCGUCAUCAAAUACGUGAUCAGCCUCUACGUAGACAAAGGCAUCGGGACCGAUUGGUGA